AUGAGCAGUUCAACUAAAUCAAAGAAAAAGAAUGAUCAAACAGAUCAAGUAAAGAAGAAAAGUAUUGUUAAUAAAGAUAAAUCCGAAAAAGAAACAGAAAAGAGCGAAAAACAAUCGAUUGUUAAUAAAAAGAGAAAAGAUAUAAUCAAUACUGAUAAUAAUACAGAGCAUGAACCAAAGAAAAUCAUUAAAAAACAAAAGAAAGAUAUAAAAUAUACUGAAUCAAUCAAAGUUGUAAAAGAACAACAAUCAAAAACAAAUGAAAACAACAAUAUAAAUAGUAGUAAUAGUAGUAAAAAGAGAAAGAACAAUGAUGAUAGUUCAAUAGUAGAGAAAUCAAAAGAAAAAGAAGUAAAAGAAGAUAAAAAAGAUAAAGUAGAUAAAGAAAAAAAGAAACAAAAAAUAACAUCAAUAAUAAUAAAUAAUGACAUAAAAGAUGAUAAUAAUAACAAUAAUAAUAGAGAUCAUAGUGAAAAGAAUUGUAAUUCAAUUUUAGAUUCUAUAGUUGUAAUACCUAGUAGAGAUAAGAAUCAUUUGUUGUCAAUCAUACCAGAGCUAUUAACUAAAACAUCACUUCCUGCCAAUCCAUUCAUCGAUACAUUCAAUCAUCCUAUAAAACCAUUGUUAUUCAAAACACCAACAUCAACAACUUCUUCAUCUAAAUCGUCAUCUAAAUCAUCAUCUAAAUCAAAUGCAAACAACAACAACAACAACAGUUUCCACAUUGAUAAUAUUAAAUCAUUGUAUCAAUCACUUUCAAAUAUCAAUAAUAAACUAUCGAUAUCAUCAGCAUUGCAACAAGAAUACAAUCAUUAUAAAGAUAUUGGACAAAAACUAAAGAUACUAUUUGGCAAUAACAAUAUACAACAAUCAACAUUGCUACCAUUCAUAAACUCUUUGAACAGCUUCAUAUUGGAACAAAAGAGUGGCAACUAUCAAAGUUUACCAAGUGGUGAUUUCGCAUUGUUGACACUCUACAAGAUUUACACUAUUUUUAUUUUGAUAGAUUAUUUAUCAGAAAUGGUAUUAGAAGCAGCCAAUCUACUAAGUGGUGUUUUAGGACAAGUUCAUUAUGUUAUCUAUUCAACCUCUUCGAUCGCUUCGCUAGGUGUAAUUUAUGAUUCAUUGAAAUUGUUCCGCAUUGCACUGUGCAACGCUUACAACACAUUGUAUCCUCAACUCUACCUGUUCGAACUCUACCAUGAGAAGAACAAAGAUAAACUUUGUAAUUCUUUUAAACAGACAUUUGGUGAUUUACCAAAUCUAAUAAAAUCCAUUUAA